CCUCUCCCUCCCUCCCUCCCUCCCUCCCCUCUCUCUCUCUCUCUCCUCUCUCUCCCUCGCUCGAUCCGCCGCUCACUUCUGUCUCAAUAUGUCUCAAGAUGGCGGCCAAUGUGGGAUCGAUGUUUCAAUAUUGGAAGCGCUUUGAUUUACAGCAGCUGCAGGUCAGGCUCCGGGGUCCGCUCGCGGAGGGAGCUUGAUGCCACAGCGACAGUGUUGGCAAACCGCCAAGAUGAAAGUGAACAAUCAAGAAAGAAGCUUAUUGAACAAAGCCGUGAGUUCAAGAAAAACACUCCAGAGGACCUGCGCAAACAGGUAGCUCCACUACUGAAAAGUUUCCAGGGCGAGAUUGAUGCUUUGGGCAAAAGAAGCAAAGAAGCCGAGGCAGCAUUCUUGAAUGUCUACAAGAGAUUAAUUGAUGUCCCAGAUCCCGUACCAGCUCUGGAUCUGGGGCAGCAGCUCCAGCUGAAAGUCCAGCGCAUGCACGAUAUUGAAACAGAGAACCAGAAACUUAGAGAAACGCUUGAGGAGUACAACAAAGAAUUUGCAGAAGUGAAAAAUCAAGAGGUGACAAUAAAAGCACUUAAAGAGAAAAUCCGGGAAUAUGAGCAGACCCUGAAGAACCAAGCGGAGAACAUUGCUCUUGAGAAGGAACAAAAGUUGCAGAAUGACUUUGCUGAGAAAGAAAGAAUGUUGCAAGAGACGCAGGUUUCGACAGCCUCAAAGCUGGAGGAGGCUGAACACAAAGUGCAAGCGUUGCAAACAGCCUUGGAAAAGACACGGACGGAGUUAUUUGACCUGAAGACAAAAUAUGAUGAGGAAACAACGGCAAAGUCUGAUGAAAUUGAGAUUAUCAUGACAGACCUUGAAAGAGCAAAUCAGAGAGCAGAGGUAGCUCAAAGAGAAGCCGAAUCCCUGAGGGAGCAGCUCUCAUCCGCUAACAAAUCUCUCCAGCUAGCUACACAGAUCCAGAAAGCACCCGAUGUGGAGCAGGCCAUCGAGGUGCUGACAAGAUCCAGCUUGGAAGUAGAACUGGCUGCAAAAGAGCGUGAAAUCGCUCAGCUGGUAGAAGAUGUGCAGAGACUUCAAGGCAGCCUCACCAAGCUCCGGGAAAACUCCACCAGCCAGAUCUCUCAGCUUGAGCAGCAGCUGACCGCCAAGAACAGCACACUCAAACAACUGGAAGAAAAAUUGAAGGUGCAAGCUGACUAUGACGAGGUUAAGAAAGAAUUAAACAUCUUGAAGUCCAUGGAGUUUGCACCCUCUGAUGGCUCCAGCACACAGGAUGCUGCAUCCAAACCGCUGGAAGUCCUGCUGCUGGAAAAGAACCGCCUGCUACAAUCGGAGAACGCCACGCUCCGUAUCACAAACAGUGACCUGAGCGGGUCAGCCAGGAGAAAAGGGAAAGACCAGCCUGAGAGUCAGCGUCCUGCAACCUUGCCGGCCUCCCCUCCUCCUCAGUUGCCCCGCAAUGCAGGGGAGCAGGCUUCCAAUACUAAUGGUACACAUCAGUUCUCACCAACGGGUUUAAGUCAAGACUUUUUCAGCUCAUCCUUGGCAAGCUCCGGCUUACCCCUGGCUUCUACAGGAAAAUUUGCACUAAACUCUCUCCUCCAGCGCCAGCUUAUGCAGUCCUUCUACUCCAAGGCAAUGCAGGAAGCAGGAAGCACAAGCAUGAUUUUUUCAGCAGGUCCCUACAGCACAAACUCCAUAUCUUCCCAAAGCCCCUUGCAACAAAGCCCGGAUGUCAACGGCAUGGCCCCGUCCCCCAGCCAGUCCGAAAGCACUGGCAGCGCCUCGGAAGGCGAGGAGAUUGACACGGCCGAAAUUGCACGUCAGGUCAAAGAGCAGUUGAUCAAGCACAAUAUUGGACAGCGGAUCUUUGGACACUAUGUCUUGGGGCUCUCGCAAGGCUCCGUCAGCGAGAUCCUGGCUCGGCCCAAGCCUUGGAACAAGCUCACGGUGAGAGGCAAGGAACCAUUCCACAAGAUGAAGCAGUUCCUGUCGGACGAGCAGAACAUCUUGGCAUUGCGCAGCAUCCAGGGCAGGCAAAGAGAGAAUCCAGGCCAGAACCUGAACAGGCUAUUUCAGGAAGUACCGAAACGAAGAAAUGGGUCGGAAGGUAACAUCACCACAAGAAUCCGAGCCACAGAGGCGGGCUCUGAUGAAGCUAUCAAAUCCAUCCUAGAGCAAGCAAAAAGGGAGCUGCAGGUACAGAAAACAGCUGAGCCGGCUCAGCCACCUUCCACCUCGAGCACUGGUGGAUCCGACGAUGCCAUCCGCUCCAUUCUGCAGCAAGCCCGGCGAGAGAUGGAAGCACAGCAGGCCGCCCUCGAACCUGCCUUAAAAGCAACCCCUCUGUCCCAAGCUGAAAUCUCCAUCUUGUCCCCCAAACUGGUCCCCACACCCGCCAUUUCUUCGGUCACCAGUUAUUCCCCCCUGGCCAUGUCCUUGAAGAAGCACUCGUCGUCUGUGGAUUCCAGCAUCUCCUCCCUGCAGACUCUCUCUGGUCUGAAGAAGGAGGCCCAAGAGGCCCCCAUCCUGGACCUCCAUGGGAUGUCUGAUUCAACGCAAGGGGUGCUGAGGCACGUUAAAAAUGAACUGGGGCGCAGCGGGGUGUGGAAGGACCACUGGUGGAACACUGUGCAGCCUGACAGAAGGAAUGCCGCCCCUCCAGAGGACCCCAAAGUGGAGGAAACCACCAGCGGGAAGGAGAAGGCCAGCAGCCAAUCUCGGUCGGACCGUAACCAGCAGCUUCAAGGGCCUUCCUCUUCGGACUACUGGAAAGAGUGGCCCAACGCGGAGUCACCCUAUUCCCAGAGCUCUGAACUGAGUGUGACAGGGGCGAGCCGCAGUGAGACGCCGCAGAACAGCCCCCUCCCUUCCUCCCCCAUUGUCUCUUUAGCAAAGCCAUCUAAACCUUCCGUUCCUCCAUUGACCCCUGAGCAGUAUGAGAUUUAUAUGUACCAGGAAGUGGAUACAAUAGAGCUAACCCGUCAGGUCAAAGAGAAGCUAGCGAAGAAUGGCAUCUGCCAAAGGAUAUUUGGGGAAAAGGUGCUGGGCCUCUCCCAGGGCAGCGUCAGUGACAUGCUGUCCCGGCCAAAGCCAUGGAGCAAGUUGACGCAAAAAGGCCGCGAGCCAUUCAUCCGCAUGCAGCUCUGGCUAAACGGUGAACUGGGGCAGGGAGUCUUGCCAUCCCAAGGGCAGCCCCAAGGCCAGGUUCUUCACUCUGUGUCAUCACUGCAAGAUUCCCUUCAGCAGGGAUGCGCAAGUUCAGAAAGCACCCCAAAGACAUCUGCCAGUUGCAGUCCUGCUCCUGAGUCCCCCAUGAGCUCCAGCGAAUCUGUGAAGAGCCUGACAGAACUGGUCCAGCAGCCAUGUCCUGCCAUAGAGACAAGUAAGGAGGGCAAGCUGCAGGAGUCGAGUGAGGCAUCUGCUUCAGAGUCCCAGUCCACAACGCCAUUGCCCCUCUCUGGCCAUUCAUCACUCAGCAUUCAAGAAUUGGUCGCUAUGUCACCGGAACUGGAUACCUACGGCAUCACAAAGCGGGUCAAAGAGGUGCUCACAGACAACAACCUGGCGUGGCUGACAAGCCUAAAACGCAGCAGAAGAGGCAAGAAAUGUACCCCAAACCUUGCAUUAGGUCAGCGUCUGUUUGGGGAGACAAUCCUGGGGCUAACACAAGGUUCAGUCUCAGAUCUGCUGGCACGUCCCAAGCCCUGGCACAAGCUGAGCUUGAAGGGCCGGGAGCCGUUUGUUCGCAUGCAGCUAUGGCUCAACGAUCCCAACAACGUGGAGAAGUUGAUGGACAUGAAACGCAUGGAAAAGAAAGCGUACAUGAAACGAAGGCACAGCUCGGUCAGCGACAGCCAGCCUUCAGAGUCUUCUUCGGCGGGCAUUGAUUACAGCCAGGGGGCCAGUCCACAGCCACAGCAUCAGCUAAAGAAGCCGCGAGUUGUGUUGGCCCCAGAAGAGAAAGAAGCUCUGAAGCGAGCCUAUCAGCAAAAGCCAUACCCAUCACCAAAAACCAUUGAGGAGCUCGCCACACAGCUCAACUUGAAGACCAGCACCGUCAUCAAUUGGUUCCACAAUUACAGGUCUCGCAUUCGCCGAGAACUCUUUAUCGAAGAAAUUCAAGCGGGAGGCCAGAGCCAGGCUGGGUCCAGCGACUCUCCUUCGGCCAGAAGCAGCCGGGCAGUUCACAGCUCCGAAGGAGACAGUUGUGAUGGGGUGGAUGCGGAGGGCCCGCCCGACGGGAAGCCGGGAAGCCGCCUGGAAGCCGACGAGUACAGCAGCAACACAACCACAAAGUCUCAGGGAGGGCGAGCAGCGUCAGCUUUCGAUGCAGGGGAAGAGGCACUGCGAGACGCCGGAUCUUCGGAGAAGACGGAGACAUUCCACUUGGGGACGGAGAGCCUAGACGACACCGACGACGAGGGGAGGCUCCGAGCGCCGCGUCCGAGUUCUCCGCCGGGCUCCCUACAUUCAGGAGAAACUCUGGAGACGACGCCAAACUCUGCUCCAGAAGAGGAUGCCUCUACCUCAGCUGCCUCCACCUCGCUCCUUGCAGGGGAGAGCUCCUGCAAGGCCGCAGGGGGACGUGUGGAGAAAAUUCCCAUUGUGCCAAGUACCAGCUCCACGCCAGCCACCAACUCCCUCGAGACCCUGUUCGGUUUCUCCGAGGCGGUUUGCUCGAAGAACACGCGGGACAACAGCUUGAGGAAAAAGAAGGCAGCGAAUUUGAACAGCAUAAUCCACCGCCUAGAGAAGGCCGCAAGUCGAGAGGAGCCUGUGGAGUGGGAGUUUUGAGAUUAAGCUCACCCAACUCUGAGGAGCUGGGGAAGUAAAACAAAAAAACAAAAACACACACACACAAAAAACACUUGGACCUCUUCUGGUUUUAAUUGUGUCCCGCACUUACCGCCCUGCAGGCCACGGGGCAAAAAUGCCAUAGGCCAAGGUGCAUAUAGAGAACGAAAGGAGCGUUUCAGCCCAGUUUUAUGUUUGUGUUUUCAAGGACGAAAACUGAAAAUGUGUAGUCGAGCUUUUUGUACCCCGAAGUGUUUCUAUUAAUUGCCCUAAAGUGAUUUUCCACAGUUUCUGGGGAAGAAAAAAAAACUCAUACAGCUUUUGCCUUCUGCCCUCCUCUUUGGUGUGGGCUUUAAAACAAAAAAAAAAAUUAUAUACAAACAAGAAGAAGAAAAAAUUAAACCCACAUAUUUAAAAGGGGGGCUUUUUAUCCGCCAUCUAAUGGCUAAACAGAGCGAUAAUAAUACACUAUUAUCUUCUUUAAGCAGGAAAACCGAAAAAAGAUGGAAGGGGAGAUUUUUUGAGAAAAAGAAAAAAAAAGGUUUUUUGUAGCUGUUCAGUUGCCACUAAGAGAUUGCACAGUCAACCCGACUCUAAACACACUAGUUUGAAUUCCUAAAUAUUUUCAAGAAAAGAAUAUUGUUUAAAACUUGGGAUUUAAAAAAAA